CAUUUUAAAUUAGUUUCAUAGAGAGAUGAAGUGUUUAUCUCUUUUAACGGUGCUCUGCACCUUAAUCGAUUUUUCCGAACCAUUAAACGUUUUGGUGCUGAUGCCCUACAAUGGUAAAUCGCACUUUGACACCUUCAAAGAGUUUUUCGAUAAUUUGGGCCAAAAGGGGCACAACGUGACCAUAGUGUCCUCCUCAAAAAGGAACUAUAAAAGUCCAAACGUGAGGACUGUCUGGUUAGGCAGUCAAGAGGUUACAAGUGUCAUGACUAUGGAUUGGACCGGGGGUAAAAAAGCCUUUUAUUCCGCCCCAAUAGGUUUGUCGAACAUCAUGCAAACGGUUUGCCACGAGGGUCUGAACCAUCCGAAUUUCCAGACUUUUUUGAAAGAAAAUCGUACAUUCGACGUAACGAUCGCCGAGAUGUUUAAUACGGAGUGCUUCUUUGGGGUGGCUAAUCUAUUUAAGACUCCCGUCAUUGGCUUAAGUUCAUGCACCCACAUGUCAUGGCAAGCCGAGUGGUUCGGCUUCCCAUCAAAUCCCGCUUACAUCCAAACCGUAUUCGGAGGAUUUAAGGUGCCCAUGUCGUUCUUAUCAAGGGUGGAAAACACUUUGGUGGAUCAUUAUUCUACACUUUGGUACAAACUGGCCAUGGAAAAGCAAGGAAACGAGUUGUCCAAGCGAUAUACCGGAUAUCAGGCUUUUGACCCCCAUAACGCCAGUCUCCUACUGGUCAACACCCAUUUCACAAUAGACGGGGCGAAGCCGUUGCCCCCGGCCAUCGUGGAAGUGGGAGGGAUCCACGUGCAUAACCGGAAACCCAAGAGACUACCCGAAGAUAUUGAAAACUGGAUAAACGGUGCCGAGGCGGGCGUGAUCUAUUUCAGUCUAGGAUCGAUGAUCAACAGCCACACUUUUCCAGAGGAGCAGCGAAAGGCUUUUGUAAAUGCUUUCGCCAAGUUUCCCCAAAGGGUCGUCUGGAAAUUGGACAAUGCCUCCAUGGUAGAUCAGCCUAAGAACGUCCUUCUAGGGAAAUGGAUGCCCCAGUUUGAUAUUCUUUGCAAUCCGAACGUAAAACUGUUCAUCUCCCACGGAGGUUUGCUGGGUACCAUCGAGGCCAUCUACUGCGGAGUACCGAUCGUAAUAAUGCCCCAAUUUGGCGAUCAGAACCAUAACGCGCACGCGCUAGAAGCCACCGGAGCUGCCGUUAUAUUACAUCUACAAACCGCCACUGAAGAACUGAUUGUUAACGCCUUGACUAAGGCGUUGGAUGCACAGACUCAAACAAAGGCCAAAUUAUUGUCGGAAAGGUUCAGGGACAGGCCAGUGUCGCCCAUGGACAGCGCCAUCUACUGGGUGGAGUACGUGGCGAGGCACGGGGGGGCCCCACAUAUGCGCUCUCCAGCCGUUGAUAUGCCCUUUUAUCAAUUAUAUUUGAUCGAUGUGUACGGAUUUUUAGUUGCGGUUAUUUUGGGGGUUAGUUAUAUGAAUUAUGUGAUUUUUAGACUUAUAUGGAGAAUAGUGACAAGUAAUGGGCAAAAGUUAAAAACCCUUUAGGACCUGUAAUACUAUGUGCGGUUAUGUAAUAAAAUUUAAUACAGCUGAAUCUUUAGAAUUACAAUUGUGAGGUGAUAAUAUGUGUAUCAGCAUACUUAAAUGUAAAUAAAUUAAGUAAUUAAGUGAG